AUGUCAGGACUCAUACUGGAUGGGCUGGUUGUACACAGCUUAGGCUUAGCCACAAAGUCUAAACUGUUGAUUGAUAUUUGUGAUAUUACAUCACAAAUAAAUCAGGCCUCGUCACUGGAGUCGGCCCUGAGGAAUCCCCCUACAGGAAACAGUGAGGAAGAGGGAAACACCUCAUCUUUGAGGCAGGAUGGAAUGUGGGUGUGUCAGCAUCCAUACUGCGGUUACACCACUCAGAAAGCCUCCGUUCUCCGUGGACACAUGAGAAUUCACACAGGGGAGAAGCCCUAUAGUUGCCCCUAUUGCCCUCAUAGAACAGCACAGAAGGGCAACCUCAAUGCUCACAUUAGAUACAAGCACAGGCUUUUUGCCAGAGAAACACAGAGGUACAAGUACAGUCUCAUCCCAAACAGUGUGUCUAUCAGGAGCUCCAGCAUAGAGGAUGAACCGCAGGCAUAA